AAAAUGCGUAGUUUGCCACACGUAAAAAUGCCCUAAAAAUUCAAAUUACGAUGAGUCAAUGACGUAAAUGAUGUCCUAUUUAUUAGUGCCCUAAUUACCAGCGCCAUCUGUUCGAACACUUGCACUGUUAUUCUUGGUAUCUCAAAGCCCGCGGCAAUUUCAACGUUUUGCCCACACAUGCCUCAUUUUCUGAUUGUUAUCACCAUGAGACAUAUCGCUCUGUAAACAAUAUAUACUUUUAACGUCCGUUCCACUUUAUCACUCGAGAAAUGGCUGCUGCAGCUUGCACUUAUUCAGAGGAAACUGAGAGUUUCGUUACCUGUAGUAUUUGCCUGUGUGAAUUUGAUGCUGAAACCAGGAAACCAAAGUUCCUACCGUGUGCUCACACACUUUGUCUUAAAUGUUUAAAGGAGAUACACAAGGAGUUUGUCAUUAGUUGCCCACUCUGUCGUAAAGAGUUUUCUCACCAGGAUGACGUCUCAAGUCUUCCAAACAAUUCUUAUGCACUUCACAUGCUCAAAUUUUCAGAGAAAAGCCCAGAAACCCCAGCAAGUAAACCUGAUUCAACAAACGGGAAACCUACAUGGUGUCUCACUUGUGGAGCAUUGGCUAAACAGGGAUGUUCAGUUCACUCAAUCAUUGAUGUGACAGCAAAAACAAUCAAGAAUUUUGAGUCGUUGUUGAAACUCAGAGAUGAUAUCAAGAAAAUGAGAGACCAGGGACAAACAAAAUUGGCUUUGGCUAUCGAAAAGAGGAAAGAAGUUCAGACUCAUUUGGAUCAAUUAUCUCAAUGUUUAAAACUAGUCCUGCAUGAAGUCAACCUACAAGAAGAGACAAACAAUAUUCUCCUAGUCGAAAUGAUUUCUGAGUUGGAAGCAAGUAGUCCUUGUUUACAUCAACCUCUCAACCCUGAAAUACCACAAGAUGAAGACCCACUUUUAUCAGAAUUGAUAUCUCUAGUCGACGAUUCCAAUCCACAAGAUAGUUUCGAUACUCUCAAAGAGAAAAUGAAGAAAUCACUACUGUCAUGCGAGAGCAAAUUAGCCGAUGCCGUCGCCGUGGCCAAAACUCUUCAAUACCAGAAAAAGAGUAAAAUUUCUGUGUGGCUUACUGACCCCAGAAAUCAGACCAUUCCUACCUUUGACUGGCUGGAAAAGGGUUUCACCACGUACUGGCCAAGCGACACCAACCUGUCCCCGACCAAACGCGAUUUCCUGCUUCUCUCUCACAUCGUCUUUUCCAUUCAGAAGAGGGGCGCAAAGCUUAACAAACAAACUACAUCCGAUGUUACUGCUGAUGAGCCUCCCGACCACAACCUUUCUGUGACCAAGAAAUUUGAAGAAACGAGUCCGUCAGUGACGACUACCAAUCCUAGCUCAGUGAUUAGUUUGAACAGCCCUAUCGAAAAAUUUGAUCUCAACAAAGCAACUUUAAUUAUGACUGUACGGCGACACGGUACGUUUAAGGGCUCUGUCCACAUCAAAUUAUCUCCGAGCUGCAAUUCCCAAUUUAUCCAGAAACUGGGGAAAAUCUGCUUCCGAACUCCCAAACAAUUCAGCAACCUGAUUGAAAAAACUGUUCCUGGCGUGUUUCUGCUUGUCCCAGCGUUCGAGGACAUGGCAGACUUCUCCUAUGAUGACUUGUCUAGCUUACCGCUCACCCGCCAUUACAUGGAAGCCGGAAUAUCGUUGUGGGUGGACGAGUACGGCGAUCUGGGAGGUUGGAAUUUGGUUUUCCCUCUGCAGUACUUUGAAAACAAAAGGAACGAUAUGCACUUGAAAACCAUCCAGCCCGUCUAUUUCAUCGGCCAAGUUACACAAGGUAUUGAAGCUAUUGAAGCGCUCAGCUGGACGACAAAAUACCAGAGAAGUGGCUACACUUUCACCUUGGAAUCGCGUUGAAAUCAACAAUCAAUCGUUUUGUUUUUCCCCGGAAAGGUGUGUGCCAAGAAAGGUUGUUUAACUAGAUGUUAUCCAUUCCUUCAUGUUUAUUUUUUAAAAUCAAGACAAUGAUGUAACCUUAACAAAGACUUUUAUCGUUUGAACGUGUUUGAAAUCGGAAUUUUUUAACUAGUCACGAUUUGGCAAGACUUUUGAAAGUUACAUUUUUAGCGCUUUCCGCUAGAGGGCAUCAUGCACGGACUCAUCUCAAAUAUGCUAAGGUAAAAUCAAACACCAAAUAAUUAGGAAAUCAGAACGUGUAAUAAUCAAAUCAAGAGAAAUAUUAGAAUUGCAACCUAAAAAGAAUUUGUUUUUUCCAACACUAACAUUUUUAAAUUUUCAAUCCAAUCCAACGAUUGUCUUUGAAUUUGAAUUACUCUUUGAGAUAUAAGUAAUCACGGCCAAGAAUGAGUUGACAACGAUAAUUAGAAGGCCGAGAACGGCCAUGAUUGGAUCCCAGGCAAUUCUAUCACCUGCAUAAAAACAAAGGUAAUUUUGGCUGAAUGGAAAGAAUGAAUCGUGGUUGUAAAAAUUGGCUUAGCUUACAUUGUUUUAAUCCAUAAAUAACAGUAGCUAUUAAUUGACAAUUGUCGAGUAAUCCUUGAUAGCUGUCGAAACUCUUGGUAUAAAGGCUGAUUAAUGCGAUACCAAUGAACGUUGCUUUUACUCCCAGUCCUAUGAUAAUGACUUUAUUUUUCAACCUAAACAAAUAACAUAUGGUCUAUCAAUCUAAAGUUUUACUAGGUUAAAUUUAUAGAUGAAACUGACUUUGAACUAAUGAGAAGAAGGCCAAACACCAUCAGGUAAAUUCCUCCGCAAAUGCCUAAAGUAGCCGAUUCAGGAUCGUGGAAACAAAAGGUAACAACUCCAAAGACCACGUUAGUUAUGGCAAGUGCUUUUUCCAUAAUGGGAAAGAAGGAAAUCAAACCACAGGUAACUGGGGAGGUAAUGCUGUAACAGCCAUCACUAAACUGCACAGUUGAAUGCAGUGUGCAGUCUUUUGAAAUCCAUAUACUACUGAUAAGCACAUUGGCCGUAGCGUGGCAUGUGAUUCAGCUAAACUGAUAAAACACGAGACUUUAUACAUCGGCACUUCCCCACAGGUCUCCCUUGUAGAAACCUGCUGAUAAGGAAAACAAAGAAAUGACUAAUGCAGCCUAGAACUUGAUGACGACAUUUUCCUAGUCAAAAUAUUUGGAAUUUUCGCCAACCGCUAGAGAGAUGAGGAGAGGCGGAGCCCGCCACCUCACGAUAUAAUUAAUUAUCACUCUAUUUUACGCCCAAAAUAUUACUACAGUUUAAGCUAAAGGAAAGUGUGGCGUGGCGUAACCCAAGGGGAUCAGGCCAGCAUGUAUAUUUAAUUUUUUUUUUAACUUCGCAACCUAAGAGGAUUCCAGCAUUUUUAGAUACAUAGCCUACUGAAGAAAAAACUCAAAUUUGUAUUUCCCGGCUUCCUGCUCGGCUUAGUUCACCAGAUUCCCGUUAGUCCUUUUUUUGGAGUUUAGGGAAAAAUAAAUCAGCUGUUUGAAUUGGAGCAUUGGUUUGUUUAGAUAGAAAUUUAGAUAACGUCAGUUUCUAUCUUGCGAGUUACGAAAUGGCGACAGCCAACGACUUAAAAGAUUUUAUAACAUGUGGUGUUUGUUUAUGUGAAUUUGACGAUAUAAAUAGGAUACCAAAAUUUCUUCAAUGCUCUGCACGCCAUACAGUCUGCCUUUUGUGUCUAAGGAAAAUUAUUAAAAAUGCAACAGUAUCCUGUCCAUUUUGUCGCGAAAACUUCUACGUGGCUGAUGCUUCCAAGUUGCCCAACAAUGUUUAUGUCCUUCACAUGCUGAAAUUUGGAAAACAGAAAGGGAAUAAACCCAUCGACAAGAAGGUUCUAGGUCCCAGUGUUUGCCCAACUUGUGGAUCAGGAAUCAAGUCUGAUGCAGGAAUUAAUCAAUUGGCCACUGCCAUUGAAAA